ACCACACACAGCACGAGCGCCGACAUGAGGCCCGCGGCAGUUUUAUUGACGCUGGUAGCGGCUAUAGCGGCAGAAGCGCCGUAUCACCUCCCGCGGCCGGCGCCACACGCGCCGCAGUUCCACUACCACCAGCACCACCCGGCGCCGCCGCCGCCACCACAACCCCGCCCGCCGCCACCGCCCCCGGCACCACAACCUAACUUUGGAUACCAGUACCAGCAACCGAGUGCCGGUCCCACUUUCGUGCAGCCCGCGCCUCAACCACAGCCUAACUACUACCAGCCACCACAACCCCAACCUCAACCUCAGCCGCAACCUCUCCCAGUGUACCAACCACAACCCCAACCCCAACCACAACCUCAACCUCAACCACAAUCUCCGGGCUAUAACUACCCUGCGCCUCAGCCACAGUACAUUCCCAGGCCCGCGCCACAACCCGCGCCUCAACCCGCACCGCAACCACCACCAGUGUACUACGCUCCACAACCACAGCCGGCUCCUCAGCCGCAACCUAUACCCCAGCCACAACCCGUGUACUACUCUCCACCCCAACCGGCACCUCAGCCGCAACCUGCGCCUCAACCGGCCCCGCAACCUAUUUACUACGCACCACCCCAGCCGGCUCCUCAGCCACAGCCGCAACCACAACCACAACCCCAGCCGCAACCACAACCGCAACUGCCUCCCAGCUCAUCUUAUGGAGUCCCCAUCCUGCCAGUAGCUCGCCCGGCGCCUGCUCCGCAGCCGCAGCCCCUGCCCCAGCCCCUGCCGCAGCCUCAACCGCAGCCACAGAUCUUGCCGCAGCCACUGCCGCAACAGAUCUACCAGCCUAGUCAAGGAUAUUCUUAUCCUCAACCUCAAACGCAGCCUCGAGCACAACCCCAACAGCAGCCUCAGCUGUCGAGCUACCAGGCCGAUUCCAACCAGUACAGCAGCGCAGCUCAGUCACAAACGCACAGUGAUGCACUCGACUCGACCACUCUUAACCACGUCCAGAAUAUUGUAAGGGAACACGAACACAGUUCGGCUAAGAGCGCGGGCUACCAGUCGCUGGUGUCAGGCGUAUCGCUAGAGGACGCGAGACCUAGUAUUGAGAUUUCGUCGUACGUCCAGAACUCUCCUGCGUCAAGCCAAACUUCAUCAUCAUCAUCAUCAUCAUCAGGGUCAUCAUCGACAGCUUUGUCGAACCCCUCGCAGGACUACGGUCUACCUAGCGCUAACAGUCAGUCAAGCUCUGACCUAUCUAGCAACUUCCUGCCACAGACGCAACCCGCCUCUUCUUAUGGCGCUCCCUAAACAAAAACAUUCAGGUGUGUUUUUGUGCUUUAAAUGAUAUGUAAAUAUAGUACAAGUUUUGCAAGUCGUUAAUAAUAAAUAAAUUAUACAUAAAAAU